CAGGCUAGGUGGGUGGAGGAAUACCGGGGGACGGACGGUCCCACCGCGCGCGGCGCGCAUUGGCUGCCUCCGCCUCCCCCUCCUCGUGGACGGUGGUACGGUCCUCAGCGAGGUGGGCGGCUCUCGGGCGGCCGGGCUGGGAGCCGCCACAAGAGCUGCUGGGGCUGCAGCCAGCCCUCGCCCCCUCCCUUUCCUUUCGGGCUGCUGCAGCCUGAGCGCGAGCGAGGAGGCGCCGAGGCUCGCGCGCCGCCAGAGCUCCGGAGCGAGCCCGUGCCGCCGCGGCUGCAGUGCCUGCCCGGGAGCUCCCUCCCCCCCGGCGCCGCCGGAGCAGCAGCAGGAACAGCCGAGGCGGGGUGGGCUCGCAGGGGACGCGGGGAAUGGUCUGGGUGCCCGCGAAGGAGACCGCGCGGCGCCCCGACAUCCCGGCUGGGAGGCGGGGAAUCCUUCGGAGCCGAGGCGGCGGCCUCGGACAGUGACAGGUGCAGAGCCCGGGCAGACCGCGAGCAAGAGCGGCCCGGGUCGGCGGGACCCACCUGCAGCCGCAGGAGCCGCCGCGAUGCCCACCAUGCGGAGGACCGUGUCUGAGAUCCGCUCCCGGGCCGAGGGCUAUGAGAAGACAGAUGAUGUUUCAGAGAAAACCUCUCUGGCUGAUCAGGAAGAAAUAAGAACUAUAUUUCUCAACCAACCUCAGCUGACCAAGUUCUGCAACAACCAUGUGAGCACAGCCAAGUACAACAUCAUUACAUUCCUGCCAAGAUUUCUGUACUCCCAGUUCAGAAGAGCUGCAAAUUCAUUUUUUCUUUUUAUUGCAUUGCUUCAACAAAUACCUGAUGUGUCACCAACAGGUCGCUAUACGACGCUGGUUCCUCUCUUAUUUAUCUUAGCAGUGGCAGCUAUCAAGGAGAUCAUUGAAGAUAUUAAACGACACAAGGCUGAUAAUGCAGUGAAUAAGAAACAGACACAAGUUCUGAGAAAUGGUGCUUGGGAAAUUGUUCACUGGGAAAAGGUGGCAGUAGGGGAAAUAGUGAGAGUGACCAAUGGGGAACACCUCCCAGCAGAUCUCAUCAGUCUGUCUUCAAGUGAGCCGCAGGCCAUGUGUUACAUUGAAACGUCCAACUUAGACGGUGAAACUAACCUGAAAAUACGACAGGGUUUGCCAGCAACAUCAGAUAUUAAGGAUAUUGACAGUUUAAUGAGAAUUUCUGGCAGAAUUGAGUGUGAGAGUCCAAAUCGUCAUCUUUAUGAUUUUGUUGGCAAUAUUAGGCUUGAUGGACAUGGAACUGUUCCCUUGGGAGCUGAUCAAAUUCUUCUUCGAGGAGCUCAAUUGAGAAAUACACAAUGGGUUCAUGGAAUAGUGGUCUAUACUGGACACGAUACCAAGCUUAUGCAGAAUUCAACAAGUCCACCUCUGAAGCUCUCCAAUGUGGAACGGAUUACAAAUAUACAAAUUCUGAUUUUAUUUUGUAUCCUGAUUGCCAUGUCUCUGAUCUGUUCCAUUGGUUCAGCUAUUUGGAAUCGAAGGCAUUCUGGAAGGGACUGGUAUCUCAAUCUCAAUUAUGGUGGAGCUAACAAUUUCGGACUGAAUUUCUUGACUUUUAUCAUCCUCUUCAACAACCUCAUUCCAAUCAGCUUGUUGGUUACUUUAGAAGUUGUUAAAUUUACCCAGGCUUACUUCAUAAAUUGGGAUCUAGAUAUGCAUUAUGAACCUACAGACACUUCUGCUAUGGCUCGGACAUCCAAUCUCAAUGAAGAACUUGGCCAGGUCAAAUACAUAUUUUCUGACAAAACUGGUACCCUGACUUGCAACGUGAUGCAGUUUAAGAAAUGUACAAUUGCCGGAAUUGCUUAUGGCCAUUUCCCUGAGCCUGAGGAUUAUGGGUACUCUGCUGAAGAUUGGCAGGGCUCACAGCCUGGAGAAGAAAAAAUAUUUAAUGAUUCAUCAUUGCUGGAAAAUCUCCAAAGUAAUCAUCCAACUGCACCAAUUAUAUGUGAAUUUCUUACAAUGAUGGCUGUUUGUCAUACAGCAGUACCAGAAAGAGAAGGUGAUAAGAUUAUUUACCAAGCAGCAUCUCCAGAUGAAGGAGCCCUGGUCAGAGCUGCCAAACAGCUGAAUUUUGUUUUCACUGGAAGAACACCUGAUUCAGUCAUUAUAGAUUCUCUUGGACAGGAAGAAAGAUAUGAAUUACUCAAUGUCUUGGAGUUUACCAGCACCCGAAAAAGAAUGUCAGUGAUUGUCCGCACUCCAUCUGGGAAGUUACGGCUCUACUGCAAAGGAGCAGACACUGUAAUUUAUGAUCGUCUGGCUGAAAGUUCAAAAUAUAAGGAAAUUACUUUAAAACAUUUAGAGCAGUUUGCUACAGAAGGGUUAAGGACUUUGUGUUUUGCUGUGGCUGAGAUUUCAGAGAGCGACUUUCAAGAAUGGCGUUCGGUAUAUGAGCGAGCUUCAAGUGCUAUACAAAACAGGUUGCUCAAACUGGAGGAAAGUUAUGAGCUAAUUGAAAAGAAUCUUCAGCUACUGGGAGCCACAGCCAUUGAGGACAGAUUACAAGAUCAGGUACCCGAGACUAUAGAAACUCUAAUGAAAGCUGACAUCAAAAUCUGGAUCCUCACAGGAGAUAAACAAGAAACUGCCAUUAACAUUGGGCAUUCUUGCAAACUCUUGAAGAAGAACAUGGGUAUGAUCGUCAUAAAUGAAGGGUCUCUGGAUGCAACAAGAGAAACUCUCAGCCAUCAUUGUACUACUCUUGGUGAUGCUCUCAGAAAGGAAAAUGAUUUUGCUCUAAUAAUUGAUGGCAAAACUCUGAAAUAUGCCUUAACUUUUGGAGUGAGACAGUACUUCCUGGAUUUAGCUUUGUCCUGCAAGGCUGUUAUCUGUUGCAGGGUAUCACCUCUUCAAAAAUCUGAAGUUGUGGAGAUGGUUAAAAAACAAGUUAAAGUCAUAACACUGGCAAUUGGUGAUGGAGCAAAUGAUGUUAGCAUGAUACAGACAGCACAUGUCGGCGUCGGGAUAAGUGGCAACGAAGGGCUGCAAGCAGCUAAUUCUUCUGACUAUUCCAUUGCACAGUUCAAAUAUCUGAAGAACCUACUGAUGGUUCAUGGAGCCUGGAACUACAACCGAGUAUCCAAAUGCAUCCUUUACUGCUUCUACAAGAAUAUAGUGCUCUAUAUUAUUGAGAUCUGGUUUGCCUUUGUAAAUGGCUUUUCCGGACAAAUUCUCUUUGAACGCUGGUGUAUAGGCCUUUAUAACGUGAUGUUUACAGCAAUGCCUCCUCUUACUCUUGGAAUAUUUGAAAGAUCUUGUCGAAAAGAGAAUAUGCUGAAGUAUCCAGAAUUAUACAAAACGUCUCAGAACGCGUUGGAUUUCAACACAAAGGUUUUCUGGGUUCAUUGUUUAAAUGGCCUCUUCCACUCAGUUAUUCUGUUUUGGUUUCCACUAAAAGCCCUCCAGUAUGGUACUGUCUUUGGAAAUGGAAAAACUUCUGAUUAUCUAUUGUUGGGAAACAUUGUUUAUACUUUUGUAGUGAUCACUGUGUGUUUGAAAGCUGGAUUGGAGACAUCAUAUUGGACUUUGUUCAGCCAUAUAGCAAUUUGGGGCAGCAUUGCACUCUGGGUGGUGUUUUUUGGAAUCUACUCAUCUCUGUGGCCUGCAGUUCCUAUGGCACCUGAUAUGUCGGGAGAGGCAGCCAUGCUCUUUAGUUCUGGAGUCUUCUGGAUGGGACUAUUAUUUAUUCCUGUGACAUCUUUGCUUCUUGACAUUGUAUACAAAGUAAUCAAGAGGGCUACUUUUAAAACACUGGUAGAUGAAGUUCAGGAGCUAGAGGCAAAAUCCCAAGAUCCAGGGGCAGUUGUACAUGGAAAAAGCCUAACAGAAAGAGCACAACUUUUGAAGAAUGUCUUUAAGAAAAAUCAUGUGAACUUGUACCGUUCUGAAUCUUUGCAACAAAAUCUACUCCAUGGCUACGCUUUCUCUCAAGAUGAAAAUGGAAUAGUUUCACAGUCGGAAGUCAUUCGAGCUUAUGAUACUACAAAACAAAGACUGGAUGAAUGGUGAAAGGGACUUGACUGAAGAAGUGGGCUCGAAUACUUACUUUCCUGAGACAACCUACUAGGGCUUUACUGGAAUCUGCUAAAUCAUUCCAGUCCAGGAAGUUACAAAAAAGAUCCGUGCUGAUGUCAUUGCGUGAAGUUCAGAUCCAUCUCUUCUGUAGACAGAAGCACUGUGCAACUCUACUGGAACUACAUCUCUUUCAAAGUUUUCUAAACAAGUAUUUGCUUCUAUCUUUGUAAACAGAAGUUGAAAAUGACCUUGUCUCCUGCCAGAUUGCUCACUUAAAAUGAGGUUUUUUUCAGUGUUGUUCUUACUCCAUAGCUAGGGAUAAAGCUAGUGCUGAGAUUGCUGAAUAUAACUGAACGAUGACAGAUCUCUGCUGUUUAUGAAAAAAAUGUGAAAUGGCAUUAUGUCAAAAAGGGACUGGACUGUUGGUAACAAGACUCAGAUUCGAAAUGAGCUGAUAACCAGCAUUUUUAAGGGGCGGACUCAUCUUUCCGAGUAAAAUUUCUAAGCAAGGCAAUGAUGGUUGUGAGUGUCAAAACCGUCCUAAUAAAUGUUUGCCAAAGAAGUUCAAUAAAUGUAUUUCUCUUUCAGUAGCCAUUUGCACAGAAAUGUCAAAGGAAAAUUUCCUUCUUGUCAUUUUGUCAGAACUGCAUGCUUGACUUUUUAUCCGUAAGAUGAUCAGUUUGCAAAAAUGAGUCAAAUUCAGGUUUCGUCUAUGGCAUUUGCUACUAAAAUCUGUAACGUUUUGCACCUUCAGCCUUACGAAUGCUUCUUUCUUCCUUGUCUCGUUUAUCUGUCAGUGUCAGAGAGGUACAUUUUCACGUGGCAACUCUCUUAGUUGUGAUGGUAAUUUUUUAAUGUUGUGUUUCUAUCUAUUAGCCAGCUCUAGUGGAUUUCCAUCUUUUUCUAUGAUGUUUCUCUGCUCUAAAUUUUGUGGCCUGACGUGGUAUUGUAAAGUCCUAGGAGGAGCUUUUUUUUUUUUUCCACUUGAGAAAAACACAUUUACAUAUUUAUAUAAGAUUUCCAAAGUUUCUGUUCAAAUAUUUGGAAUACCACAUCAGAUAAAUGCAUUUGCUUUUAUAACGUCCUUUGAUUUACUUUCCAAUUCCCCCUUGAGGUUACCGCUGUCUUAUAUAGACAAGCCAUGUGUAAUUUAUAUUUAAGAAGGAGUAAUUAGUUUGCUGUUCGGUUGUCAGAAGUAGCUACCACAUUUCAUUUAACUAAAAUGAAUCAUAUGUUAAUGGAAAAAAUACAUUUUUAAGAUGCAAAAAAAAAUGCUCAUUUUACCCAAGGCCAUAGUUGAGAAAUGAGGAGCACUCCUCGAUAUAGAUGGUUGUAUCGAUAUGCUUGUUAAAUGAAUGUUUAGUUCAUUUGACACUUCUGAACUAUUAAAAAUGCCUAUUUUGCUACGAAAAGCAAGUGACAAAAUAUGCUUGAAGAAGCAUAAGCAAAUUUGUAUUCCCAUUUUAAACAUAUUGCUUUUAUUUUAGAUAAAGAGAACUCCAAUUUCCAGAUACUUAUAGUAGAUUGAAACACAUGUUGCCUUUUAGUGAGUAGCAGAUUUGCCUUUCAGUGGACAAGAGAUGCCUAAGACAUGAAACUUGCUUCUUUUUUUGUUUUGUUUUUUCCUUUUUAAAAAUUUUGUAUGUAAAACAUUUCCAUAUUACUCAUUCUGUAAGCCUCUUUUUAAGAAAGGAGAGUUUACUAAAUCAACCCUUGAGUUUAACAAUUUCACAGUCAUCAUUCUAAAUUCAGAUUUAAAAUAAUUGGGUCAUAUCUUAAGAGCAUCUAAAGUCCCUUUCAGUUUUGAACUUCUCUGGUUCUAUGACAAAAGAAUCAUUUCACUCACUGUAUCCCGAGCUAUCCUCUACUUUUUUGUCAAGUAAAUUCCCCUUCCUUUCUCCUUUACCUAUAGAAACAUGUCACAUCUUCAACUUAACUUUAGUUUAAGGCACUUCCAGCGCAUAUUCAGAAAUCCAGUUUUAAGGAAUCAUGAUCUAGAAAGAUUAUUGAAGAGUUGAGUAUUGAAUAAUAGAGCUAUUUUCUGAAUUAUGUCAUUUCUAAAGUUUAAAAUAUAUAAUGUCCAAAUAUUUAUCCCUUCUUUUAAAUGUCUUUAGUCAUCCCUUCCCUAGUUCAUAUAUUUUUAUAUACUAUCCAAGUGAAGAUUUUUGAGAAAGAAUCAUGAAUAUUCAAAAAGAAGUACAUAUAUCCCAUAUACCAAAAAAAAGCGAUCUUUCCAAAAAAUCAUCUUCUACUUCUAUUUCCUGCCUCUUAUCAAUCUUACUCUUCACAAGACCUUAACUUCCAAAAGAUAUCAAUGAGAUAGAAUUGAAUUUCCUGGCUUGAAGGUAAUACUUAUAUUAUUGAUCCAUGGUUUACUUUGGUGAAAUUUAUUAAUAUUAAUGAGAUAUCCUAUUUAAAUGAUUCUCUUUAAAUUCACAAAAUUAAUUAAUUUAUCAUGACUCAAUUUCUCCCAGCACUUGAGUUACAGUCUGGCAUAGAAGUCAGGGUGCUAGAUUUUAAGUGAAGGCAACUAUUCUAAUUCUGCCACUGACACUUCGUAUGGCCAAGGUAAUUUACCCCUCUGAACCUCAUUUGUCUCAUCUGGAGAAUGAAGACUAUAAUCCUUGUAGUUCCUUUUUCAUAGGUUAAUGGGAUCUUAUGAAAUGAGAAUAUUUUAUAAACUUGAAAGCAUUCUAUAAAUUUUCAUUCUCAAUAAUAUCCACAUUUCUAUCUCAUAAAGAACAUUUUAACCAAAAAGAAAAAAGUCAUGUCUUUGUUUUCAUGAUAUCAAACCUUAGGAAAACUUAAAAUAUAUAUUUAAUCAUAGGAUCUUUACAUUGUUAAAGCAAAUCACAGCUACUCUAAGAUUCCUUGUUACCUUCUUCAUAAGAAAAAAAAAGUUUUCACAGGAUUAGUAGAGCUGAGGUACACUAAUUCUAUCUUCUCUUCAUAGCCUAUUCUGAGUUAGAAGUCUGUUUUGGAAAUCAGACAUCCCAAGUUGGUUUUUAUUCUUAGGCACUAAGGAAACUUGUUGCUUCACAAGAACUACUGCUUAUAAAUUUUUCACAUGCAAAUCUCAACCUAUCUAGCUGUAUCAGGGUUUUGAUUGUAUAUUUGCACCAAGAAGUUGCUAUUUUCUGAAAAAUAUUAACGGCCCAAUGGUAUUUCUCAGGAAGUUAGUGUAAAAAAAGAAAAAAAAAGUGAAAUGGUCCAGAUAUUUUAGUGAAGAAAAAAAAAAAAAAAACUUUAGGCCAUCUUUGCCUGUUGCUAAUCAGGUCAGAUGCACUCUGGGGUCUGCUAAUUUCAAGUGAGAACAAUGAGUGGUCAGUUAUUGAGUAUUAAAUUUUAUUGUGAAACAUUAAAUUAUAAUUUCUGAACCCAGUAUUUUCCAAAUUCAGUAUGGAAUGCACUCCGUAAUUUGUAAAAUUCUGCAUAAUGUGCAGUGCUUAAUAACAGCUUUGCAUUUAAAAUCCCCUUUCAUAAACAAUGCCUCUAUAACAUUGGAUUUCUUACAACCAGUUAUGACAUGCUUGUAAUCAUGUCAUAAUUAUUACUAGCUAAGUAAUUCUUGGUGAUUUUUGCAUAUAUGUGAAAUUGCUUUUUUGCUCAUUUAAGAAGUCGUUCUGCCAAUAAAGUAAUAGACUUAGGAAUGAUCUAAAAAAUUGUUCCUCCAUAUAACUGUUAAAUACAAAUACCCACACACACCAACACAUAUUUUUGUUUGGUUUUCUUUGUAAAGUAUAUAACACCACCCAUGAUUAGGGGCCUAAUAAAUGAGAUGAUAAUGAUAAUGAAAAUUUCUACUAUAUGUAUGAAAGUUACCAUAUUGAGAAUUUUUCUCAUUUAAAUAACUAAAUGUCCUUUAUGAAACUUCUACUUUGUUGGGUUUUAAUUAACCUUGGACAGCUAUAAAAUUGGAAAGUAUGUUAAAUUUUAAAGGAAAGGAAAUGAUUUUUCCCUUUUAAAAUCUCGAUUCACAGCUAUGCUUCUGAUGAGUUUAUGGUUUGUCUGCAUGAAUUAAUAUUCUAACGUGGUCUGAGCAAAUGCAUGGCUUUUCCUAUAAAUCUUGAUAUUUCCUUCUGCUUUCCAAAGUCAUAUCAUAGUAUAUCCAAGAAUUAAUGUUCAUCAGUAGGUAAAUGCGUUGGUCCUCAGUUCAGCCUUUUAAAAUGAGUUUAUUCUUUUCAAACAAAUUUCAGGAGAAGUGACUAAAUCAUUUCUUUGAAUUGAUUGACAGAAUUUUGCGUUUUGAAGUUUUUUGGCAAAUAAACCUCUUAAGGAGGAAAUAUGGUAGCAUUCUGAAGAUGGGAUUCUCAUACCUGCUUAUUCCUAAUUCUGACUUUCUUUAAGUGAAUCUCUUGUUGUAAAAUGUGACCAGAAUAUAUAAAAAGAUUACAUGUGUGUCGUUGUUCUAGAAUAGAAGCCAUAAAUACAGUGAGCAGUGAGGUUUUUUUUUUUUUUUUCCUAUCUGGAGCUUCAUUUUUGACUUAAGUAUUUCAAUGUAUAUUAAGUGAACAUGCUGCAUUGAAAGCAGCAACCAGGCAAAGCUAUAGUUUGCAUUAAAGGGAUUGUGGGAUUGUCUGAUUGCACCUCACUGUUAGUACAGAAGCUGUUGUGGAACCUUCACAGUUGCAUGAGUGGAGAAUUGUUUUGACUCUGUGUUUAUGGUAGUUUUCUCAGGUUUGUUUUAACUUGACAUUAAAUGCACUGUGUUUUAUAAAUAGUUAUUAAAAUUUAGUAAUGUUCAGUUCUGUGCAGUGUUACAUGUCACUGGCAUUUUGUGAAUGUGCAUGUUUUGACUGCAAAUUUUAAAUGCAUCGUCUUUUAAUUGUUAUUAAAAUGAAAUAAAAUAUGCCAUUACAUAAAAAAA